AUGCAGAGAGAAGCUGCCUUCCGACCGGGGCUCUGCCAUCCCCUGCGCAUCAUGGGGUCUGUGGACCAAGAAGAACCGAAUGCACAUAAGGUCGCCGGCCCACCCUCCGGACUCCCGUACCCCGAUGAAGUCCCGGACUAUGGCCUCAAGCCAUACAGCCCCUUCGCCAGUCUCUCUGGCGAGCCCCUGGGCCGAUUCGGAGAGCCGGAUAGGGUGGGGCCCCAGAGCCUGCUGAGCCCGGCCAAGCCAGCGGGGGCCUCGGGCCUGAGCCCUCGGAUCGAGAUCACUCCGUCCCACGAACUGAUGCAGGCAGGGGGGUCCAUCCGCAUGAGAGACUCCGGCCUGGUGGUCGAGCAGGCGCCCGGGCCCGGCGCGGCCGCCAGCCCGAGGUUCACGCUGCCCGUGCCCGGCUUUGAGGGCUACCGCGAGCCGCUUUGCUUGAGCCCCGCUAGCAGCGGUUCCUCUGCCAGCUUCAUUUCCGACACCUUCUCCCCCUGCACCUCGCCCUGCGUCUCGCCCAAUAACGGCGGGCCCGACGACCUGUGUCCCCAGUUUCAAAACAUCCCUGCUAAUUAUUAUUCCCCCAGAACUUCGCCAAUAAUGUCACCUCGAACCAGCCUCGUCGAGGACAGCUGCCUGGGCCGCCACUCGCCCGUGCCCCGUCCAGCCUCCCGCUCCUCGUCGCCUGGUGCCAAGCGGAGGCAUUCGUGCGCAGAGGCCUUGGUUACCCCGCUGCCCGGAGCCUCACCCCAGCGCUCCCGGAGCCCUUCGCCGCAGCCCUUGCCUUACGUGGCCCCCCAGGACGACGGUACCCAAGCUGGGUACCCACCCACGGCUGGCUCUGCCGUGCUCAUGGAUGCCCUGAACAGCCUCACGGCCGACUCCCCGUGCGGGAUCCCCCCAAAGAUGUGGAAGACCAGCCCCGACCCGUCGCCAGUGUCUGCUGCCCCGUCCAAGGCGGGCCUGCCCCGCCACAUCUACCCGGCCGUGGAAUUCCUGGGGCCCUGUGAGCAAGAGGAGAGGAGAAACUCGGCCCCCGAGUCCAUCUUGCUAGUGCCGCCAACUUGGCCCAAGCAACUGGUGCCUGCCAUUCCCAUCUGCAGCAUCCCAGUGACUGCGUCCCUCCCUCCACUUGAGUGGCCAUUAUCCAGCCAGUCGGGCUCCUAUGAGCUGCGAAUCGAGGUGCAGCCCAAGCCCCAUCACCGGGCCCACUAUGAGACAGAAGGCAGCCGAGGGGCCGUCAAAGCUCCGACUGGCGGUCACCCUGUGGUCCAGCUCCAUGGCUACAUGGAAAACAAGCCCCUGGGCCUUCAGAUCUUCAUUGGGACAGCCGAUGAGCGGAUCCUCAAGCCUCACGCCUUCUACCAGGUGCACCGGAUCACAGGGAAAACGGUCACCACCACCAGUUAUGAGAAGAUCGUGGGCAACACCAAAGUCUUGGAGAUCCCUCUGGAGCCAAAAACCAACAUGAGGGCAACCAUCGACUGUGCGGGGAUCCUGAAGCUGAGGAACGCUGACAUUGAACUGAGGAAAGGAGAGACUGACAUUGGGAGAAAGAACACGCGGGUGCGGCUCGUUUUCCGGGUGCACAUCCCAGAGUCCAGCGGGAGGAUCGUUUCCUUGCAGACCGCGUCCAACCCCAUCGAAUGCUCCCAGCGGUCUGCCCACGAGUUGCCCAUGGUUGAGAGACAAGACAUCGACAGCUGCCUGGUCUACGGGGGCCAGCAGAUGAUCCUCACGGGGCAGAACUUCACGGCUGAGUCCAAAGUCGUGUUUACCGAGAAGACCACAGGUCAGAACAUGCUCUUUGUCGAGAUCCCUGAGUAUCGGAACAAGCACAUCCGUGCGGCUGUGAAGGUGAACUUCUAUGUCAUCAAUGGGAAAAGGAAACGAAGUCAGCCUCAGCACUUUACCUACCACCCAGUUCCAGCCAUCAAGACGGAGCCCACCGACGAGUAUGACCCCACCUUGAUCUGCAGCCCUGCCCAUGCAGGCCUGGGGAGCCAGCCUUACUACCCGCAGCACCCGAUGGUGGCCGAGUCCCCCUCCUGCCUCGUGGCCACCAUGGCUCCCUGCCAGCAGUUCCGCUCAGGGCUCUCGUCCCCCGACGCCUGCUACCAGCAGCAGAACCCAGCAGCCGUCCUCUACCAACGGAGCAAGAGCCUGAGCCCCAGCCGGCUUGGCUACCAGCAGCCUGCCCUCAUGGCCGCCCCGCUGGCCAUUGCCGAUGCCCACCGCUCCGUGCUGGUGCAUGCCGGCUCCCAGGGCCAGAGCUCCGCCCUGCUGCACGCGCCCCCGGCCAAUCAGCAAGCCUCGCCGGUGAUCCACUACUCGCCCACCAACCAGCAGCUGCGCUGUGGGAGCCACCAGGAGUUCAAGCACUUCAUGUGCUGUGAGAAUUUCGCACCCAGCACCGCCAGGCCCAGCCAACCCCCGGUCAGUCAGGGUCAGAGGUUAAGCCCAGGUUCCUACCCCACAGUCAUUCAGCAGCAAAAUGCCACCAGCCAAAGAGCUGCCAAAAAUGGACCCCCAGUCAGUGAUCAAAAGGAAGUAUUACCUGCGGGAGUGACAAUUAAGCAGGAGCAAAACCUGGACCAGACCUACUUGGAUGACGGUAAGAUGUUCAUUUUCUCAGUGCCCAUAAGGACGGUACCCUGA